AUGACGUCACCUCCGGAAUUUCCCCCCCAAAUACCAGAACGUCUCCCUAAUAGUCGACGACGGGAUGACAUCACUUCUGGAAGUGACACCGUCACACUGCUUGGGCAUCACUCACCAAUGAUGCUGCACCUCUUCAUGCUGGCAUUGAGCGACAGAGGAAGAAUUCCUAGCGAUAACUCACAGUCGGCUCCGAAGGAAGCUGUCCAAGUAAAAGGAAAGGACAUUGAAAGGUGGCAGAGGGUCACACCUACUAAUUUAGUGAAACAGAACACGCUGAUACCUUCUGGGCAGUCACUUAAUGGCCCCGAAUGUCUUGAUGACCAGACAGCCAAGAAAAAGAGCUUUUUGAAACAGCUGAGGACAACAGUGAAGAAAAUGUUCCCAUUCUAUGAAAAGGCGAGCAAGAAACCGAAGCAGCAAGGUAGCAAGCCUGCCAAGCUGGCAAAGUCUAAAACAUCUGCCAUUCCCAAAAAGCACCGUCUCUUUUCUCGGACUGUUACAGAAUUAUCUCCCCCCAAAAUAUUUUCAAAACUGAAAAGAAGAAAGCUGUCUCCAAAUGGAGCAAUUCAGUUGGAUGUGAAUAUUGUGGAGGAACAUGCACAAAGCAUAAGCAGGACAAACACAGUUGUGCAGGCAAGACGGAUGACAAGACGCAUAUCAGUGGUGUCGCUGCCACCAGGGAUCCGAAAGAUCAGCUAUCUUCCUAAGAAGAAGACUUUCCCAGCAUUCAAAAAGAAGGAAAAAAGUAUACCACCAGUGUGGUACCUUUCAGACAUAACAGUAGGGAAUCUUCAAAUGCAGGUGGAUAAUCUCUUGGAUAACAUCAGUGAAAGAUCCAUACAAUUACUGGCUCUGAGAAGCGCAGAGCUACAACAAUGUGAAUCUUUGGGAAACAAGAUACUUCAGUCCUCUAAGCAGUUUCAAAGGGUAUCCUUAAGGACUACAAAGAAGCAUAAACGGAAAAAUAUGUGUUUUCCAUGUAGAUGUUGUUGCUGACAACCACCUGGGAUGGUAAAAGUAGAAAAGAUUUCAAGUUAGUUACAUUUACAU